GCGUUCAAUGUCUGAGUGUAAAAUCAGCAUCAGCAGCAAAGAGUGAAGAGUGAACGAGUGUGUAGAGGCAUCGCCCUAGAUAACGGUAGAAUUGUGCACUGUUGCGAGUGUCUUCCACGCGUUUAAAGACGUCCGUAAAUAUUAUUAAGUACGUGAAAAUAUAUAUAAUACAUAUUGCUCUGUACAGUGAUUAUUGAAACUUUAUUAAAAUUCAUUAAUUAAUAUAUAUAUUAUUAAUUAAUAUUAUAAUUAAUGGUGUUUAAUAUUGAGUUAAGAGUUGAUCGGCUGAAACGUAAAACGGCCCCCCGCACACGGCGUCUGCGGUUACUUCGGUGUAUAAACGACUAAGAGUUUACACACUACACAAAAGUCCGGGCAAUAGCAGUGACACACUCGCACUUACACUGUGUGAUAGUGAUAAUAAAUAUAUUAAUUAUUAUUAUUAUUAUACGUAAAAUAAUAAAAUUUGUUAUUAGAUUAGUGUGUGUUCAAACACUUGGGUUAAAGAAAUUUUUAAUAAUUGUGAUUGUACAAUAUAAUCAUUACAAGUUAAAAUAAUAACUCCAUGUUCUUAUGGCGGAGUGAUGAGCAAGAUUUAAGACAGGAAAUAAUAAAUUGACGAAAAAAAAAAAAAAAAAAAAAAAAACGUAUUUGAUAAUAAAAAACAGACAUAUCGGAGAGUAUUUUUACAAAUAAUUUCGACACCCGGAAGAUUGUGCGUGUUAAAAAAAAAGUGUUAUUUAUCUUUAUUGGAUUGUAAUUGUUAAUUACAUUGUGAAGCAGCGGGAAAUAAACGUGAUAGGAGAUACAGGGUAUAGCUGGUUGCUGAGACGACAGGAAGACAAGACGUGGCGGAUUCGGUGACCCCGCGGCAGUGACACGACAAGAAUAGUUAGUUAGAAGAGAUAAAAAAAAGGGAGAGAAUGCGUGAAUAUAAAAUAGUAGUUUUGGGAAGCGGAGGUGUCGGCAAAUCAGCCCUCACUGUUCAGUUUGUUCAGGGAAUAUUCGUUGAGAAGUAUGACCCGACCAUUGAAGACAGUUAUCGCAAACAAGUCGAAGUUGAUGGUCAGCAAUGUAUGCUGGAAAUCCUCGACACAGCUGGCACGGAACAAUUCACAGCCAUGCGAGAUCUUUAUAUGAAAAAUGGACAAGGAUUUGUUUUAGUUUAUUCAAUAACCGCACAAUCGACGUUUAAUGAUCUUCAAGAUCUUCGGGAACAAAUAUUACGGGUAAAAGAUACAGAUGACGUGCCAAUGGUACUGGUUGGUAACAAGUGCGACUUGGAAGACGAAAGGGUAGUGGGUAAAGACCAAGGUGUUAAUCUUUCACGGCAAUUCAGCUGCGCCUUCAUGGAGACCUCUGCCAAAGCUAAAAUUAAUGUUUAUGACAUCUUUUAUGACCUUGUGCGACAAAUAAACAAAAAAUCACCGGAGAAAAAGAUAAAACAAAAAAAGAAAUCGCUGUGCCUACUUCUGUAAAGUUAACGUGCUUUUAGCCACGUAUAACCAACGUGACACACAGAGUAAAAUAAUAAAAAAUAACAAAAAAAAAAAA